AUGGCUUCAGAUACUCUCCCUGAACGUCCAGCUCCGAUCGAUCUCCCAAGCCUUCCAGCUCCUAUUAAGGACUUCAUCUCCCACCUAUCUCAAAGCCCAACCAAAAAUAUCUCAACCAUCAUUGAGCCAUACAAGGCCUAUGAAUCAGAACUUCGCAAAGUUUACGCCCAACAACCUGACCAUGAAGCCGUCAAAGACGGAGCGGUCAAUUUAGUUCCCAUCUUCUCUGGCCAUGAGAAUGAUCUCAAAGUUCGGGCCAGAGAUCUUAAGAAUGAGUCUAAAGAAGAGUCAGAAAAAUACAUCAUGCCAUUGAAGGAUGAAGAACGUCGACCCAAUGGCUCACCAGCUGUCGUUGGAUCCAUCAAGGAUUUUCAGACGAAUUUCAACCUUUUUUCCGAAUCUUCAUUGGCUGAUCUUGACUGGAACAACGUCGUUGCAGCUGGUAGUGCCGUCACUACAUCUCUUCUUCCAAUCCCAGAGAAAUGGGCAGGUAGUAAGAGAGCCAUGAGAGAAUACUAUCACGAGCAUUUGGCUCCGGCAUCUGAUGUUGAUCUCUUUCUCUAUGGACUCACCGAGGCUGAAGGGUUGGAGAAGAUUAAGCAGAUUGAGACUAACAUCAGAGAUGCUAUCCUUCAUGAGACAACCACGAUUCGCACAAAGAACGCUAUCACCAUUGCAAGUCAACAUCCCACUCGUCAUGUUCAAAUUGUCCUCAGACUUUAUGAUUCUAUCUCUCAGAUAAUCACUGGAUUUGAUGUGGAUUGUUCUUGUGCUGCGUAUGAUGGAAAGCAAGUUUACAUGAGUCCCAGAGCCGUUGGAUCAUUCGUCACACAAUGUAACACCAUUGAUUUGACCAGAAGAUCGCCAAGUUACGAAAAUCGCUUGAGCAAAUACAGCCACAGAGGCUUUGAAGUCCAUUGGCCAAUGUUGGAUCGCUCAAGAAUCGAUCCUACCAUAUUUGAGCGCUCUUUUGGUCGCACCGAAGGACUCGCUAGAUUGUUGAUUCUGGAGAAAUUGCCAAAGACAGUUGAUCGGGAAAAUUACAUGGAUCAACGCCGAAAAGAACGUGGUAGACCAUCUCUCAACAGAGGUUUCCGCAAUCAACGUAGAUUGUAUGGAAAUCUGAAAGAUCAAGAAGAGGAUGAGGUCGCAGAUUGGGCUGAACAGGAUGAGAUUGCCAACUAUCAUACCAUGACAGUUCCUUAUGGGCAAAAGUACAAUGCGGCAAAAAUCAAUCGUUUGCUGUAUGCCAAGGAUUUGCUUUUGAAUGCGGAAUGGAGCCAAGACAAAGAUCGUGAAGUAUAUCUACAUCGUCAUCCAUGCUUUUUCGGCACGGCAGAAGAAGUUAUUCAAGAUUGUUGCGGAUACUGCCCAGUUCCUACCACAGACGAAGAAAAGGAGGUGGCUGAGAAGGAAAGCAAGAACAACGUCUCGGGCACUCUCAAGUUUAUCACAGACGACCCCGGUCGCCAGGAGAUUGGAAGUUUCAAUCCUAUAAAUGAUGAUGAGUGGACCACUAUGAGUUAUGUCGGUGAUACAGCACGUUUGUGUCAAGCUAUCGUGGAUGGAGAUCUCGAACAUGUUCAGGAUUGGUGUUCUCAAGAGGGCGUCGAUGUCAACCGCCGAGACUACACCGGUCGCACACCUUUACAUUUAGCCACUAUGACUUCCACUCCAGAGAUUGUCAAAUGUCUCGUCGAUCAGGGAGCCAGAUUGAUUGCUAGACUUGUAGAUGGCAGAACAGCAUUACAUAUUGCCGCUGCAAGAGGCGAUCUUGAGAUGAUUCGCAUACUCCUGAAUAAGAGUAUGGCCAAUGAAGAGGAGGAAGAAGCAAAGCAGUCUCGUGAAGUCAAAUCCACUGCAUCUGAUAAAGAAGAGGAAUCGGAUUCUGCAUCGGAGAUUACCCUUGAUAGUGAACAAGAGGAAGCUGAUGCUCUGACGAUGGGAAGCUUUGUCAAGAUUCCAGGAAACAAGGAUGAAGAUAAAGAUGAUGUUGCUGCAAUUAUGGACGACUCCAUGGAAGAUCCUGAUAUCUAUGACGUGAACGUUAUUGCUUGGGAUUAUGGCCUAUCCCCACUUCACCUUGCAAUUCUCAAUGGCCAUAUCGAUGCUAUCAAACUUCUCGUCUCAGAAUAUGGUGCCGAUGUUCUCUUCCCUGUCAAGCUAGUAGAAGCUGGAACUACUAAUCCUAGAGGGGCAAUCAUGACUUUGGUUCUGGCAAUGUCUCUCCCCAAAGAAAAGUCAAAACAAGUGGUGGAAGUACUAUUGAAUCUAGGGGCAACUUCUGCUCAGUCAGAUACAAGCCAUUUCACAGCCCUUCACUACAUUGUCGCUCAAAACAAUACCGAACUCUUGGAGGUUUUAUUUGCUCAUGAUCGACCAGCCGCGCAAAGAGUCAUCAAUAAGAUUGGAAUUGCAAGAAACGGAUCAGCUGAGACACCACUUUCUACUGCCAUAAAGAAAAAUCACGGAGAGAUGGCAUCCAAGCUUCUGCACUUGGGUGCACAGCCUCAGUUUGAAUUCGAAGAUUGGGUCAAAGUGUAUACGGACACAAACACUCAUGCUAAAAAGCAAAAUACAGAAACAAACAUGAAGCAAUUUCAAGAAACAGCCCAACAACCUAUUAUUGCUGCUAUCUGUAAGGAGAUCAGCGCUGUUGUUGGGGAUCUUCUUGCAAAUGGUGCCAACCCCCAGACUCUCACAACUAUUGCAUGGUCAGCGGUAAAUAAUCCUCAAUCACAAAAUUACUAUUACAACGCAGGAGAAUCUAUUUUAGAUGUUAUUCGGCGCAAAUUGAAGACGCUUCGAGAAUGGAAGGAACCUGUGUAUGAUCAAUGGCAAUUUCGACCAGACAAUCCCGAAUCGAGGAAGCCGGAAAUUCUUCGACCUGAAACUUUUUACACGGCAGAUCUGGAACCAGGUACCUAUAAGUACUGGACAGCCUUACAAGACUACAGAGAUGAGAAAUUCCAGAAUAAACUCAAACAUGAAGAUCACGAGAACUUGCUUAAAGAUAAAGGCAUUGAACUUGAAAAGUACAAGGGUGCGCGCGAAGCAGUCAAAGAAGCAAUCAAAGAUCUCGAGCAGGCUGAAAAACUCCUCAUCGGAGCUGGGGCAAAAUCCUUCAAUGAUUUGUAUCCUGAUACUCCUCAAUUGCCGAAGCGCGAAGGUAGCUCUUGGCGCCACGAUCUUCGGCAUAAAGUAGCACCAGAACCUUACAAAACACAUUUUACUUUCAGUGUCCCGGACCUCAAUGAAGGGAAGAGAAAGGGCUAUUUUAUGUUGUUUGAAGCUACUUGGAAUAAUGAUCUUGAGGCCGUCAAGAAUUUGACACUCCACCCUUGGAAGCAUGAAGACGUUGAAUAUCCGCCUCUUAAGAUUGCGGUUCGUGAUGGAAAUGAGUUUAUGCCUUUCUCUAUCGCUGUUCUACGCGGACAUUAUGACCUUGCACGUAGGAUUGUGGAAAUAUGCCUUGCUCAAUAUCAUAACGCAGAUGACGAGGAUGAUAAGAAAGGACGUCAACGUUGGGGUAUUAUGACUUCUGAUGAUGAUGAUGAUGAUUCAGGUGGUCUGCCUAUCUUCUCUGAACUGGUUACUGACAAGUUCACGAUUGAUACCCUUGAGGAAGUUUCCAACGUUGUCAAAGGUGAUACACUACCUUUGAGUAUGAUUGAAUGGAAGUGUCCGGCGCGUCGAUCAACUAGUGACGAUGGAAGCUCCAGAUCAAGCGGUAUGCCCAGUCUGUUCGACUAUGCUGUCGAGCAGGACGAUAUGAAAAUGUUCAAAUUCCUUCUGGACAUUGCGAGCGAGCAGAAAGCUUUGAUGGCUGAACAUGAGGACGAUCGGAGAUGUUAUAGUUUGGAUACCUCAAUUUUCAACAAAGCUCUUUCUCAAGGAAGAACCACAAUGAUAGCUGAAAUGAUCAAAUACUGUGGGUCUGGUGUUCCAUUUGGAAAGCUAGUCUCGGCUAGUGGUGUGGAGCUCAAGACAAAGCCAAGAUAUUAUGAAGGUUUGUCAAUUGGUGGCAAGAAACGAAAGGAUUGGGCACAACCUCCUACUCACAUCCAGGAUUUUGAUCAUAUUGAGGGACGAUUCCCGCCUUUGCUCGAAGCUGCACAAAUGGGCAACAUUGAAUCCGUUGAGUGGUUCAUGAGUGAUGCUCCAAUGAGACAUUACAAAGAAUUUGCUGAGAGAAACAAGGAUGAUCUCCGAAUUCGAACGUUGGAAUCAGGGAAAGGAUUUGAAAAUACUAUUUCAAAAUGGUUAGAGAUGAAUAGCGAGCUUCUACUCCACGUCGCCAUUCUUCAUGGCCCGCAAACAGACGAAGACAAAAUCAAACACCUCAAUCUUAUCAAACAUCUUGUUUCCGUUCUUCCUGAUUCGGUUCUCUCAUUGAAAUCUGCUCAGGGCUAUUCACCUUUACAUCUUGCUGUCAACAGAAAAAACAUUCCAAUUAUUGAGUACCUUCUUUCAAUUGGCGCCUCGCCCCGCUCUCGCGAUAGACAGAAUCGAAAUAUCAUGCAUACUCUUACAGCUAAUGCUACAAUCGUAAACAAAGAGACGAUCCCUUGCUUAGAAUCUAUCAUCAAGCUAUUCAACAAAAAGGAUAUUCAAGAGAUGUUGCUUGAGAGAUCGGAUGACUAUCCGAGCGCAGUUACACCUCUAGCUUUAUGGAUGAGCAAAGCCACAUACCAUGAUAGCGCUGAUGUCAUAGAAGUACUUCUCAAGUAUUCUACUGGCGAGGAGCUAGAGAUGAUCAACGGAGAGGGUGAUUUACCUUUACACGUUGCAAUCAAAAACAACAGACCAAACCUAACAUCCUUCAUCCUCCGCCAAAAGCCUUCUCUUCUAUAUCGUGAAUCCGCAACUGGUCGUACACCCCUCGAAAUGUCUCAAGACAACUAUAUCUCUAAUUUCAUCUCUAACCCUCCCUCCGUCAACGAUUAUUGGCAAUAUCAUCCGAAUAAUGUUGAUAGGGAUACGUUGAGUGCGUAUCACGCGAAGCAGAAGCUCGACGCAGCCCCGUCUUAUCAAACACAUUCUAUGAUUUGGGAGGAAUGUUUGAGGGUUCAGGGAGAGUUGAAGAGAAAGUUUGACAGUGAUGAAGAUGAGGAUGGUAAGGAUAAGACAAAAAGAGAGUUUACUGGAAAGAGAAGAUUGGUCAGUUUAUUUGAGGCGAAUGAGGUGGCUAGGAGACUGGCGGGAAGUCGUAAUGGAAAGGGAAAUGUAGCUAGACAGACGGAUGUGGUUGGUCAGUGGAUGUAA